AUGGACAGCUAUGAUGUCCAACGCAAGCCCAUUCCAGAAGUCACACCAGCAUCCAUAACAUCAGCCGGUCGCGAAUUCUCCUCGUCUCCUCACCCCCAACCCACUGCUCAAAAGCCCAGCUGGUUGAGGCGGAAGAAGGAAUCAGCCGCCGAGCAUGUCGCCAAACACUUUGCAGCCGAGUUCGACGGCAAAAGGGGGUUCAACGGGCACUGGUUCCACCGGCCCGUCACGCAGGAGCAGACUCCCUUCGACAGCGCCGCCAUCCUCGAGUCGGAUGAGAAAGGCCGGUAUCUGUUCCGCAACCAUCUCGGCCAGGUGGCGCACAAAUACGACGACGUGGCUACGUAUCUCAGUCCGACGAACUACAUUCCACGACGGCUGGUUGUUCAAGCUUCUCGAUAUGUCUUCCAGAACCAGAUGGCGUCUGGGGAUUGGCGACGCACGAGGAUUACAGGGUCUGUGCCGACGGUGCUGAAGGUUGCCGAGUGGGCUUUGGGCCCUUCGAAUCCGGAUAAAGAUGGCAAGCGCAGCGUUCAUGGGAGAAUCAACACGUUCUUCCGCAUCAUGUUUGUGGCGUUUCCGCUGCAGAUCUUGCUGGUGCUGCCUACGACUGCGAAGUGGGAGAGCGAUGAGAUCCAGGACUUCUACAAGGAUUUCCCGGGCUACCAUUGGAAGUGGCCGAAACACGCUAUCAAUCCUCUGGAUAUGAGGCCUACCAAGACCAGCACCGUGCUGGCGAAAAAGGAUGUCUCGUCUCGCAAGCGGCUUCUUCGUCCGAGACAGCUGGUUGUGUUCAGAGAUGGCGAAUGGGUUCUUGAUGAAAAUCCAGCAAGGGAUAUAUCAUAUGUCUUUAUUAGCUACGCCAACCGGCAUUUUGAUACAGAUAACUCGCCCGCAGGCAGAAACAUGAUUGAGAAGAUGGCCGCAUACUCUGCUAUCCAAGCCGGAAAAUCCGCAUACUGGCUCGACUACCGCUGCCGAGCCCCUGAAAAGGGUUCUCUCUUGGACGCAGACGUCUACAGAAUGUGCGAUGUUAUCCGUGGCAGCUCCCACGUCGUCGUCAUACUCAAAAGUGACUCCCUCACCCUGAAGCAAGAAUGGGGAUCUCGAAUGUGGACACUCCCUGAAGCGCUUCUUGCACCCGGCGACGCGAUUUACUGGUGUACGCCGACAGAUGACAGCUUCAAAAUGACAACCAUGAAGAAGGUCGAGAUGACCGGCUCAGUAUGGGAAGAUUGCGCCCAGGAUUCCGACUCUGAAGACGGCGGCCCAACCCGUCUCCUCGCAGAACACUUUACCGGCCAACUGACCCUAUCUCGCUUAGAAAUUCUGAGCAGCGCCAUCGCAGCCCUCAGCGACCGUUUCACAAACAACUACCAAGCCUUUGCCCAAGCAGACGUUGCAUACGCCCUAAUGGGCCUGUUACACUACCGCAUCGAGAAAGACGCCGAUGACACUCUCUUCCAAGCCAUCGCCCGCCUUUCUUUAGCCAACGACUCGGACCACCUAAUCGAGCGCAUGGUCUCCCUCCUACCCUCCCCUCACAGCACGGGCUCCGCCUUCGAACAGCUCGCCCAGCCAGACCUCUACCACACCCACCUCUGGGACAUCACGCCUUUAUGCCAGGUCGUCGGCGUCGGCGACGAGAACAACACGGUUCUGCUAGACAACUGCAAGGCAAUGCACAUCCGGUGGAAGGGCUUCCCGCGCGCGAACGUCGUGCGCCACUUCGGCAUGAAGAAGCUGCUUGCAGAGCUCUCCGUCAUCGCCGGCGCCUGGUGGUUCCUGUUCGGCCUGAACCUGGCCAUCACCUACGCGCCCUUCUACACCUUCUCAGACGGCCUGCAGGGCAACAGCCUGCUGUUCGCCCUGGAGGUGCUCGUCGCGGCCUUCUUCGCCGUCGGCUUCCUGCUGAGCCUCGUCGGCCCGUUCUCCGUGCGGCGGCUGUACGGCGGGCAGGUGCUGCAGAGCUCGCCGAGCCUGGUGGGCUUCGAGGGCGUGCUGCCGCUGGCGGAACUCGAGCCGCUGGUCUUUGGCAACGAUAACGGCCGGCUAAGCUACGAGGCUUCGAGCACCCCGUUCUGCUACCCUUACCGCGACCCGGUCGAGCGCGUGGGCCGCGAGCCGGACUGGAUCGCGGGCUGUCUGACUGAUACUGCGGGGCUCGCCCGGGUGCAGAGUAGUCUGCCGCCUCGACACCACCUGUUCACGCUGGUGGAUACGGGGAGCCUGUCAGUUAGUGUGUUUAGCGCCGAGAGGCCGCCCACGGUGGCGCUGCUGUGUGGGAGGGAGGGGGGCAUGUUGAGGGCUGUUCUCUGUAGUUGGCGCUUCAAGAAUGAUUGCUUGUAUAGGGAGACGGUGAUCCGGAUGCCGAGUGAUGUUUACGAGAGCGCGAAGACAAAGAGCUGGUUGAAGGUUUGUUUGGGGGGUCGGUAA